UAUAAACAAAUGCCGGGGAUCGGUCAGGCAACAUUCGUCAGUGAAUAUCCAACCAUGAAAGUCCUCAAUUUGUGCCUUUUGAUUGUGGCCUUUGCCAGCUGCCUCCUGGCCACCACCAACGCCAACGCCAUCGGCUAUGACACGGACAUGGAUGGCAUGGACCUGGAGACGUACAUUGAUGACAUGGACAUGGAGUUCAUGGACAUCGAAGCUCACGGCUUCAUCCACGGCUGCUGGAGCGUCCUGAAGGCUGGAUACAGGGGCGUUAAUGGAACCAAGUGCAUCAUCGAGGAGACGGCGAACGUGGUGCUGGAUUGCACCAACUAUCUUGACGAAAUCGCCAAGUGCACCACUGCCAUGCCCAAGGACAUCCUCAAUAUUGUAAACAAAAUCAAGGGUAUUAUUUCGACCGGCGCGAGCCUCACAGACCUGCAGACACUGUGCGCCUCCGACGAGACAACCAACACCUUCUGGCUGAAGAAAUGGUUCAAUUGUGGCGCAAAGAUGCUAUACAAGACCAUGUCAAUGGUCCGUGGCAUGAACGUCGUCAUCAAGCUAUCCAGCAAACUGCCCAAGGACACCAGCAACUGCUACGUGAGUGCCACCCAGGACGUGGUCGACUCCUGCAACGCCUAUGUGCCCAACAUCAACCAGUGCAUCGCCAGCAUCAAGGGAAAAAACUAAAUAAAUAAAUGAGAUUAUGAGCAAUUAAAAA